GCGGCAGCGAGUGCGGCUGUCAGCCGGGUCGCAGGGCGCCGGCCGCACCGCCCAGGGUCCCGUGAUGGCGGCCGUGGCGUCCCUGACAGACCAGACGCCGGUGCCUGUGACCUUUGAAGAUGUGGCUGUGACUUUCACGCAGGAAGAGUGGAGGCAGCUGGACCCAGCUCAGCGGACCUUGUACCAGGAGGUGAUGCUGGAGAACUGUGGGCUCCUGGUCUCUCUAGGGUGUCCUGUUCCCAGACCUGAGGUGAUCUGCCAGCUGGAGCGGGUGCAGGAGCCGUGGACUCUGAAGAAUGAGCUCUCCCAAAGCGCUCGGUCAGGUCCUAAAGGAAGACUCAAGAACACAGAACCUGCCGCUUGUGAGCCAGCCUUGCGUGACAGAGCCUCAGGGGACUCCCAGCUGGUGCAAGUCAGGCAUCAGGACAGGUCAUCAGAAAUGCAGGAAGGAUACUUGAGACAAUGGCUAGACUCCCAAGAGGAAAAGCUUCCUGGGAAAAUGAAUUCUGGAUAUGUUUUAGGGCCAGCUGAGGACAUGUGUUCAAGGCAUAUACAGCGGCAAGUCUCUCUAGGAGACAGUGCCCAUAACCCUAGCUCCCAUGGACCAGGUAAGCAUCCCAUGAUUCAGGAAGAAGAAAAUACCUUUAAAUGCAGUGAAUGUGGGAAGGUGUUUAACAAGAAACACCUCCUUGCUGGACAUGAGAAAAUACACUCUGGAGUGAAGCCCUAUGAAUGCACAGAGUGUGGGAAGACCUUUAUUAAGAGCACUCACCUCCUUCAACACCAGAUGAUCCACACUGGGGAGAGGCCCUAUGAGUGCAUGGAGUGCGGGAAGGCCUUCAACCGCAAGUCAUACCUUACCCAGCACCAGCGGAUUCACAGUGGAGAGAAACCUUACAAGUGCAAUGAAUGUGGGAAGGCCUUCACUCACCGCUCCAAUUUUGUGUUGCAUAACAGGAGACACGCGGGAGAGAAAUCAUUUGUGUGUACAGAAUGUGGGCAAGUCUUUCGACAUAGGCCAGGUUUCCUAAGACACUAUGUUGUCCACAAUGGGGAGAAUCCCUAUGAGUGCUUCGAGUGUGGUCAGGUCUUCAAACACAGGUCCUACCUCAUGUGGCACCAGCAGACUCAUACUGGGAAGAAGCCCUAUGAGUGCAGUGAGUGUGGGAAGGUCUUCUUGGAGAGUGCAGCCCUGAUUCACCACUAUGUCAUCCACACCGGGGAGAAGCCCUUUGAGUGCCUGGAGUGUGGGAAGGCCUUCAACCACAGGUCGUACCUCAAGAGGCACCAGCGGAUUCACACCGGGGAGAAGCCUUUUGUGUGCAGUGAAUGUGGGAAAGCCUUCACCCACUGCUCUACGUUCAUCUUGCAUAAGAGGGCCCACACUGGAGAAAAACCUUUUGAGUGCAAAGAGUGUGGGAAAGCCUUUAGCAACCGGAAAGACCUCAUUCGGCACUUCAGCAUCCACACUGGAGAGAAGCCCUAUGAGUGUGUAGAGUGUGGGAAGGCCUUCACUCGCAUGUCAGGCCUCACAAGGCACAAGCGGAUUCACAGUGGGGAAAAGCCCUACGAAUGCGUCGAGUGUGGGAAAUCCUUUUGUUGGAGCACAAACCUCAUUCGCCACGCCAUCAUACACACUGGAGAAAAGCCCUAUAAGUGCAGUGAAUGUGGAAAGGCAUUCAGUCGCAGCUCAUCCCUUACUCAACAUCAAAAGAUGCACACAGGGAAAAACACUGUCAGUGUGACAGACGUGGGAAGACCUUUCACAAGUGUACCCACCUCAGUCACCCUCCGAGAACUCCUUUUAGGGAAAGACUUUUUGAAUGUGACAAACGAGAAAAAUGUUUUGCCACAGGAAACUUCCUCAGCAUCUGAGAAUACACACCAAAGAAAAACCCCACAAGUGUCUUCACUGUGAGAAAACCUUCAGUUGCAGAAUAUUACUGCCAUUUAAAGAUUCAUAUUAGAAAUUGACACAGCCUAGUAGAGCCUUAUUCUCCAUCUGAAAAUUUAUACUGGAGAGAAACCCAGUACAGUUUUUGCACAUAGGAAAACUUUUAGCUUCCAUUUUUUCUUAGUUUACAGUGCAAAUUUAUCUCAGGAAUUGUUUUUAAAACAGGAAAUGUAGACGAAAGUAAAGUGCAAGCACAGACCUUUUCAGACUCCUCUGCCAGAAGUUAUUCUCUGUCGUCGUCUCCUCUGUUUAUUUGGGGUGAGAGGAGUGUUGUGUCUUAUGUCUGUCCAGGAUCAAGAGGUUGACGCUUGAAAUGAAGUCUGUAAAUUCUACUAUGUUCUUAUGAUAGUGGGAGGCUUGAGCCAUGAAAUAGGUUUGUAUUUAAGGCAAUAAUAAUACACACUUGAACAGGCACAUUUUUGGAGCACUACUUUAGACUAUUUAAGGCUUAAUUAAAAAAAAAAAAGCUUUGUUCAUUUGCUUUAUUUUUUUUUUUUUUUGACAGGCAGAGUGGAUAGUGAGAGAGAGACAGAGAGAAAGGUCUUCCUUUUUGCAGUUGGUUCACCCUCCAAUGGCUGCUGCGGCCGGUGCAUCUCGCUGAUCCGAAGCCAGGAGCCAGGUGCUCUCCUGGUCUCCUAUGCAGGUGCAGGGCCCAAGUACUUGGGCCAUCCUCCACUGCCUUCCUGGGCCAUAGCAGAGAGCUGACCUGGAAGAGGGGCAACCGGGAUAGAAUCCGGCGCCCCAACUGGGACUAGAACCUGGUAUGCUGGCGCUGCAAGGCGGAGGAUUAGCCUGUUAAGCCACGGCGCCGGCCUCAUUUGCUUUUAAAAACCUGACAGACCAUUUCUCGAUUCCUAUAUGUUGGUGUACUUGGUUGCUGUAGCUAUAUGGUAAAUCUUCAAAUUAGGUGAAAAUAAUUGCUUUCUAGGUUAG